AUGGGGAAGUUCAGCAACGUUUCCCUGAAGGUGACUGCUUUGCCGUUCACUCCAUAUGUCAUUCUGCACGAGAGGAAUGGGAAGAUGCAGCUACUGGGCCUCACUGGUUCAAUCUUCGACAACGUCAGCGCAGCAUUGAACAUCUCCUACGACGUGGUUGUGCCGGAAGAUGAGAUGUGGGGUGCCAUACUAGAAGACGGUAGCUACACGGGCAUGCUCAAAACCGUUCAUGAAAAGAAAGCUGAUCUCGGUUUGGGCCCCUUCACAAUGGACGAAUCCCUAAAAACUCAUUUCUGGACGACAUCAAUUUUCGGCUACUCUGAACUUGGUAUCACCAGCGGCAUCAAACAACUGUCGGCGGCCAACAAUAUGGGAAUACUCAGUGCCUUCGAUAUGGCCACGUGGAUCAUGCUUUUCGUGUCUAUCGUGACUGUGGCAGUGCUUUCUCGGGCAAUGAAAAUUUUCUACGAGAGAAGUAGUAACCCAGAUGGAAACUUCGGCUGGAAAGUUCUAGAUCACCUGUGGACUUACGUCUCGGCCCUCUUGAAACAAGGAUCGCGGGCCUUCAUUUCUGCUCAUGGCAUCAAGUUCCUCGCGAGCGCUUGGCUCCUCAGCACUCUAAUCCUGACGACGUACUUCACCAGCCUGAUUGUGGCUACACUCACGGUGAAAACCUCCAGUCCGAGGAUAGAUAACAUCGAAGACCUCAUACAAAGACCUUAUGUGAAGCCAUUGAUCGCCACAGGGACGCAGUUCUUCGCGUUGUUAGAGAGUUCACAGACAGAAUCGUACAUCAAGCUUCGGGAUAUGAUUACUCACAACCAUGGCGGGCGAGACAUCCUGAAGCUGUACAAUCCCGACGACAUCAGUCUUAUCAUGCAAGAGAAGGCGGUUUUGCUCCUGGAUAAGUUCUCGCCAAAACUGCAUCUGUCGCAUAUGUGCCCCACAUUGGAAGGGCAAUUCUACAUCGGAAAAGACUACCUGUACCUGUGGAACUGUGUCUGGGUCACCCACAAGGACUUUCCCAAGGACGUCAUGGUGGAAAUUAACAAAAGGAUCACGUGGUGGCUGGAAAGUGGAGUGCCAGUGAUGCACUCCUACGAGCUGGACCCACCUCAAGCGACCUGCUUCGUCGGGAGCCACAAGGAGAGUUCCUACGUGUUCGGCACCAUGCGCUUUCAGGAUUUAACGACUGUGUUUUUCUUGUAUCUCAUCAUGAGCGCACUCGCAAUUGUAGUGUUCUGCCUAGAAAUUGCGAUAGGACGCUUUGACAGUCGCUAG